AUGAGAAUAGCCUUCAGAUCCAUUCUUGUGCUGAAUGUCAUUGCAUCCGCUGCGGCCUUUUCGUCUUCCAGCAACAAUGCUCCUAGAAUUCACGUGACGAGGAGUGUGGCUUCUCCUCGUCGUCGUGUUUCGACCAACAGUAUGGCAUUGGGCAGCACCGUUCUGCAACCACCCGGAACAGUACAAGGUGACAUUGACCAACAAGACAGUACUACUACAACUACUGCAGAUGAUAUCGAAUCAACAGUCAUUACUACUACUACUACUACUCAAGAUCCACCAAGGCUUGGAGAGGUGGUCAAGAUGCUUCCCAAGAAUACCUUUGAAAUUGACACGGCCACGUCUCUCUUCUACUUUGCCGUCGAUUUUGUUGCCGUCGCAGCCACCAUGGGAUGUUUGAGCACGGUGGUCCAUUCCGAACUUUACCAUUCGGCACCUAUCCUACUACAGGGAAUGAUGGUGGCACCCCUGCAGGUUCUCACAGGCUUUGCCAUGUGGUGCAUGUGGUGCAUUGGACAUGACGCGGGACAUUCGGUCGUCUCCAAGAACAAAAAGAUCAAUCGAUUCGUCGGAGAAAUGGCACAUUCCAUGAUUUGUUUGACGCCCUUCUUACCAUGGGCCAAAUCGCACAAGAAACAUCAUUUGGGACACAAUCACUUGACCAAGGAUUACUCCCAUCAAUGGUUCAUUCGGGAAGAAAGCGACGAUUUGCAUCCGCUCAUCAAGUUGAGUUACAAGACACGAAACCUUCAAUUGCCAAUUCUGUACCUCGUCUACCUCCUGGCGGGAGUACCAGAUGGUGGCCAUGUGUUUUUCUACGGUCGAAUGUGGGAAGGAGCCUCCAAAGACGAAAAGAAGGAUGGUUUGAUUUCCGUGGCAGUCUCUCUUGCCACCGCGGCGACGCUUUGGUUGAAUUUGGGAUUGGCCGAUUUCACCGUGGUGUGCAUGAUCCCAUGGUGCGUCAUGUCCUUUUGGUUGUUCAUGGUCACCUACCUGCAACAUCAUAGCGACGAUGGAAAAUUGUACACGGACGAUACCUUUACCUUUGAACGUGGGGCCUUUGAAACGGUGGACCGAAAUUACGGAACCUGGAUCAACCGUCUGUCGCAUCACAUGAUGGAUGGGCAUGUCAUUCAUCACUUAUUUUUUGAAAAAGUACCACAUUAUCGAUUGGAAGAUGCCACCACGGCGCUCCGAAAGGGACUUGACGAAAGUGGACAAAGCAAGUUUUACAAGUUCAUUGAGACGCCUAAUUUCACACAGGAAAUUGUCAAGCAAUUCAAUGAUAACUGGUUCUUUGUGAACGAGAAGCAAGUUGUAAGAAAAUAG